CAGGUGCCAUCUUUGGCAAAAAAAUGCAAAAAGGUGGCGAACCUGAUCGAGCGGAUGGAGUGUAAUUUGUCCGACAGAUCCGACAUGGACUGGUCUAAGUUUGUGGCGGCGUUAAUCACGCGUGGAGGGAUUGAGGAGAUCAUUCUUUCCGGGUGCAAAAUACCCGAUGUGAAGCUCUUUGCGGAAUUUAUGGAGUCUGCUGUGCCCCUUCAGACCGUCCGGUUGGGGUUGGCCCAUAACGGCUUGACCCAGCGCCAUCUCGAGCUUCUUGCGGAUUGGUUAGGUCGCCCGGAGAACUUGAAGGUGAUCCGUGGUUUGGAUCUUGGCUACAACGAUUUGUCGGCAACGCUUCCAUUGUUAACGGCCGCGGCGAGAAAACAGGUUCUGUCGCAAUUCAAGGACUCCCAACUUUCGCUAAUCUCGCUCAACUCGACCAACUUGAGCAACCUCAAGGACACCGAGGAGCUUGUCACUGUCGGGUCGCAGCUCCCAGACUUGAAGUACUUUGAUUUAUCAGGAAACAAGAAGCUUUUCCCGGGGCUUAUCGACCAUUUGACAUAUAAUCUCCCUCUCUUUCCGAACCUUGCGAGACUCAACUUGGACUACAACGAUUUAGAUCCAACCUCGAUCAUCCGCUUGGCUGAGGUGUUGCCUCUUUGCUUGAAGUUGAACUACGUUUCCUUGGUUGGCAACAAGCUCACGGGGCCGUGCGUCGCAGCACUCACCGCUGCGCUCAAGGCUUCGUCGUCGAUUAUCAUGUUGGAUAUCGACUACGACCAGAUUCCGGUGCAAUUGAAGGAGAAGAUCGGGCUCUUGACGAUGAAAAAUACGGAAAAGCUCAUGCGCGCGCGCGUCAGCGACGCGAACUCACCGUUUGAAACCGCCGCGCGGUCCUUGACGGCCCAGAUCAUUGACUUUUUCAAGGAUUUCAACUCGGACGAAGAGUUUGCCUUAUCUCACCACGAUAUUACCGUUUUCUUGACCCAGUGCCGUGCAGUCCGCAGGAAUUUGCACGAUCUGAUGACCGCCUUAUUCAAGCUCCAGCUCAAGGACGCGUUGAGCACCGAAGGAAAAGAGACGUUGAUCCGGUUGUGUUUCUUCGACUCGUCAAUUGAAAGGGCGUUGAAUCUUUUGAAGCACAGAUUGGUGAAGAGUGAUGGGACAAAGGCGGAGCUAUUGAUGGACUACAGCACUAAGCUCGAUUUGAACGGGCAAACGGAGCCAGGAAAUGACGAUUCAGAUGGGUCACUGGAUGAAUCUAAUUUGAAUGGCAUUGCUCCUGUUAUUGACAAUUCCAACGCCCGGUACGUGUAUGAACUGCGAACUGAGGAUAAUAACAAGCUCUCUCACUUUAAACACACGGAUGAGCCUGUCCAGGAGAUCCCCCGCACGUCUGUUUCUACCAGAGUAAAUACUUUAGCGGAUGAAGGUGAGGGGAAGGCCUUGAAAAUAUCCACCAUGUUUCCUCAUACCCACAUGGACAUGAAUUUCUGUGAUGUCAGUGGUGACGUCAUCCGUGCGCGCUUGGAAGACACUGAGAGCACCGAGGUCAUUGCCUACUUGAAGACGUUGAAAGAAUCGGGGAUUUCCUUGGAGAGCUUGUUUCAGAAGGUGUGCCCGAACGAGAAGGAGACACUCACGGUGGAAAAGCUUAGGAAUGUGGCCGCCACUAUGGGCUCUGAGAAGCUUGAGGAGCGCCGGUCCUCCGUGUCGUCGGUGUCGGAUGAUGAUGCGUUGAACGACGCAUACGACGAGCUUUUGAACGGUUUGGUCAAGGUCAAGACGGGGACCGCUGGAACGGAGUAGUAAUUUUUAUUUUAUUUUUAUUUUAUUUUUAUUCUUGCUAAGUGCCCUUAAUAAUCAAUGGCAAAGAUCUGU